AUGCUUCAAAAUCCACUUAUCGUUAUUUGCAGCAGAGGACCUUCUGGUCUCAUCUUCGCUCUCUCUUUAUAUGAAAUUCUUGUUAAGAAAAAUCUUUUAGGAAAAAUUUUAAUUUAUCAUGAACAUUAUAAAACUCAUAAUACUAAAAAUCGGCUUUUUUUGGUAAAUGAAGAGGAAUUUUCGCGCCUUCCGCAAAGUGUCCGUAAACACAUAUAUCAUACAUCGGUCUUUGAAGGCAUUUUUUCAGGCCAAGAAAAUGCGUACUUUAUGAACGAGUUUGAAGACAAACUGCUGGAAUUGUUUGCAAAACUUAAUGAAAAUGUACAAUUGGUUCACGAAAGAUUUGAUCCUUCACGUACCGAUCGAUAUGACUUGUUAGUUCUCGCAGAUGAUUAUGACAGUUAUCAGUUUGAAAAAGAAGCCAUUUCCAAAUGUUAUCAAUUAGAAAUUAAGUUUCACGUUUCCGAAAAUCAAUUGCAAAACGGCGAAACGGAAGCCCUAUCAUUACUUCAAACUAGAUACUGGUUGCAAUUCCAACAGGAUAAUCAAAGUUUACUUAAAGUAAAUUUAUCGAAAUCCGAAUACGAGAGUAUUGAAUUUGAUCCGAGUUUGGAUUCGAUAAAGAAUAACCCUUGGUUCAUGAAUGUCAUAAGAGAUGGAUUUGAAUUCUUUGAAGUUCAUAACUAUGACUUGGUUUCAAUCUCAAAGAACUCUGAUGAUGACUUGUUGGUAACCAAAGAAUUUUAUAAAAACUACAAAGAAGGUUUUGUAUGCGUGAUUGGUGAUGCAGCAUUUAACUGCGCAUUUUGGCAAAGUACAAGGAAACUCGAUAUCGCAAUAUCAACAGCAAUUACGUUAGCCGAGCAACUUACCUACGGACAAACUUUAUUUGAAAUCACUCGUGAAAAUCUCGAUAGGUUUUCCAAUGCAAUGGUUUACGUUCGACAAGAUCUCGUUCAACAACUUCUUUUGACAAAUAUGGAGAAUAUUAUUUUCAAAGUUAUAUACGGUAUCAUUGAUAAGUACAACAAAAAGUGUUCAAGUGGUCAAGAAAAAAUCACGUCAUCUAUCGAUUCCUUCAAUUUUAUAAUCAUUCUAGAUAAAUACCCACAAUUGUUUGAGAUCGAUCAAACCCCUGAUGAUAAUGUUGUAAAGGUUCUCAAUGAAUUAAGGGAAGAAUAUACCAAGAACGUCCAAAGUUCUACGCCAGUAUUAUUCUUGAAAACGCUUGAAAGAAUUCAAUAUGCCAUGAAUUAUUUUACAAUUUUUGAAUCACAUUUGUCCUCUCACAUCUUAGACAAUGAAUUUUAUAAAGACGAUUGGAUAGAGUUGAAUUCAUCUUUAAUCUUGCGAGAUAUUGAUUCUAAUGAGAACGUCGAUACAUCGGAUACAAGUUCCGAGGAUUCUGAUGAUUCAUCCGAAGAAGAAACCCAACAAGAUUUAUCUCUUGAAGAGUUUUUCCAAAUAACCUUUGGUGAUGAGCCGAUAAAUUAUGACGUUACGAAUUUUGUAACCGAUGAAUUAAGUGAAGACGUAUUUAAAACCGAAGUUGGAACUUAUCUAAAAGAUCAUACGCAAGGAAUCCUUCGAAAUAUUUUUCCAUAUAUCGUUGAUAUAAUAAAUAGGACCAUAUCGUUACAACGUAUACAAGGUUGCAUUCGACAAAUUUCUGCUUCUGACAAUAUUGAUGAUCCUUCCCAAAUAUUAAAACGAUUGACUAAUUGUAAAGGAAGGGAUUAUCUUGUAGCUUUCUUGGAUAAUGUUCCUAAAAGUUCACUUACAAAGAUUCUCCUUUCGCUUACUCGAGCAAACAUUCCCAUUCCAUUACUAUUUACGAAUAAUUGUGAAUUUAGUCAAAAAGGUUUAAAGGUUUUAAGAGAAAUUCGUAGUUUAAUACUUCGGGAUAAAUAUCAUCUAUUAUUAUCCUUCAAUUUAAGUACAAGCGAAUCAUCCACGCCAUUUUCGAAAAGACUUUAUCCUAUCAUCUGCAAAAACCGUGAGGAUGAUUUAAGUAUUACUUCGGCUGGAUCAAUGGACGUUUCUUUUCAUCCCGCGUCGGAAAAUUAUGGACGAAAGCCUGUUGCUAUAGCCGAAGUAUAUUUAGAAGAGGAUCCUAACCAAAUAUUUCUCAGUUUAAUGAAUGGCUUCUCAAAAUUCGCAUUUUACAUGUUUGUACACGUAAAUGAUCGAGAUUUUGAAGAUAACUCGCCUUCUAAUGAAUUAAAGCUACUCAUCGAAACCAUCUCGUUGGAUUCCAAUAAUUCUAAAAUAUCGGUCAUAAAUUGGAACAGACCAACAAAGAAUGACCCUUUCAGCAAGCGCAAGAAGAAUAUUAAAAAAUUAUUCAAGUCUCAUUUCAAGCCUGAAAGAGUUAAAAUUGAACAAAUUUCUAAUGACCUGAAUCAAUUUCUUGAAGAUAAAAAGUUUGAUAUAACGAAACAACUAUCACAACCCGAUGCAGGGUUUAUUUAUCCGCAACUAAUUCUUAAAUUAGAAACUUUAGAAAACAAAUGUUUAAAUAUUUGGUUACCUGAAAGUUUAGAAGAAUCAUUCACAUAUUCCAUGAAACAAAAAAAAUUUUCCACACAUCAUUCGGAUUAUAUUUCAGAAGAACAAAUUAAUAAGAAAAUCCAUCAAUUUAGAAAUGAUCAAGUCAAUCUUUACUUUAACAAACCGAUACCAAUACUUUUGGAAUUCGCAAAGAUUAUUAAUGAAAAUAAGAUAAUUGAAAUGCGCAAAUUUGCUGGUUUAAUCGAUAAAUUCUUCAAGGAUCAUUUGGCCGAACUACAAAAAUCAAAUGAAAAUAAUGAGUAUGCGCACAAUAAACAAAUGAUUGAAGAAAAUGAUAUAUCCAUUCAUGAUAUUUGGAAAGAAUUUAUUAUAUUAUCAAAUAUAAAAGAAGAAAAGUAUAAGAAGACGACUGUAUUGGAAAAAUUAUAUGAUGUUCCACCGCAAAAUUUAUUCACGGCAUUUACAACGUGGAUCAUCGAGGGAGAACCCAUACAGAUACUUGAUGGAAUAUCUUUAAAACCACUUCCUACAAAUUUCUUAUCAUAUACGUUAUGCAACAUCAUGUCCAAUACCAAUCGAAAGCUAAUUAUAAUUUCAAUCAUUGGAUUUGAAAGUUCUGGAAAAUCGACUCUUUUAAAUUAUUUAUUUCAAUGUAGUUUUGCCACAUCGGCAACACGAUGCACAAAGGGAUUGUAUUUAAGUUAUCGAAAUACAACUUUUGAUGAUAAUCCAAUUGAUCUUUUAAUCCUAGAUUCCGAGGGAAUGAAUUCAACUGCGCAAAAGUACAUUACAACUCGAAAUGAUUUCGAUAAAAAGUUUACAUUAUUUGCUUUGAUGUGUUCUCAUAUCAUUAUAAUCAAUACCAAAGGAUUGACUAGGGACAUUGGUGAUAUUUUAGAAGUGUCUUCGUGGCAUUUGGAUGGGUUAAGAAAUAGAAAAUCCAAACCACGACUUCACUUUGUACUUCGGGACAUGAAUAAUAACGCUAAAGAUUUUCAGCCAUUUCAAGAUAUUGUUAAUAGCCUAAAGAAAAUGUUUCAACAAAUUCCUGGAUGUGCGGAAUCCUUGGAGGAUUUUAUGACUAUACAAGAAGAUGAUAUUCAUCUAUUAACAAGUGCAUUUCAUUCCUAUUCCGAUGAUUUUUGUCCAACAACCGGUAGGAUUAAUGAAAGAUAUAAUAUAAAUGUACCAGCCGAAACGUUUUCAAAUAAAACUUCUAUUUUACGACAUUCUCUUCUAAAUUCUGCUACAUCUCCAAAUACUUAUUUUAAUCAAUUCAACAAUAUACAAGGAUUUAUUCCGUAUAUGAAAACAGUUUGGGAUAAUAUUGGUAUACAUGGGAAUUUUUUGCACUUUGAAGACUUUAGAUCAAUAAAUGCAUGGCAUCAAAUGCGUUACUUGGUUAAUGAAAUUAAAGGCAUCGAUUUAAAAGGAUUUAGAAAUCAGGCAAAAGGCAAAAUCAGAGAAAAUAUCGAAAGGUUAGAGGUGGAUCAUUCAAAAUGGAUUGAAGUUGAAACCAAAGUACGAAAAGAUUUAGAUGAACUUCAAGAUGAGUACAACAACAUAUGUAUGAAAAAAUAUGAUUCCAAAUUGCAAAAUCAAUUUGACCUUCACAUAUUUAACGAAGGUAAAAGGCUCAUUUAUAAUAUGAUUGCAGAAGAAAGGAUGGAAUGUGACACGUUAUGGUUAAUAUCUGCUUGCGAAUAUAAGGACUCUUGGUUAUCAGAUUGUGCGAUCAAAAAAGUUGGGAAUAAAAUUGAAAAACUCAUAGGAAAUAAUCAUUUAAAUAAUUUAAAAGAUAUAAAAUAUGAUGAAAUUUUCGAAGAAAUUUGGGUAGAAGUUGAACGCGAUAAAAUGUUAUUUGAUAAAGAAAUGAUUUUGACUUUAGAAGAUCUUAAACCCUUCAUUUCAAAAACUUUCAAUAAUGCCAUUGAGGAAUGUUAUACAAAAGUCUGUCAAACUUCCGAAGACAAAGAACAAGUAAAAUUUAAAAGAAAUUUCUUUAAAAUUCUCAAAAAACCCGCGACAUUUGAAGAAAAGAUUCAAAUGGAUACAUUUGCCAUAAUGAAAGUUUUUGAAAUUGAAAAUAUUGCAGAGGAUUCUAAUACGAAGAAUAACAACAACCUUAAAAAUAAAUUUAAUAAAUUUAAACGUAAUUUGAUUGGCGGCUUUACAAGUAAUAAAAUGAUAGAAUACAAGACCACAGAAUCCACAAAAAUUGAAAUCGCUAGGAGUAUACUAAGUAAAUUUUAUAAUGUCAUCAAAAAGGUUAAAACCGAAUUAGAAGAUAAUAAUUCUUUGCGAAUUGAUUCAACGCAAGCAGUAAAAUGUUUAGAGACUUUAUGCAAUUUUUUCUUCGAUAUUACCAACGAUGAUCAUAAUGGAUCUUUCAUCACAUUUAAAGAUGAUGAUUUUAAUAUCUUUGAGAAAUAUUUAAGGAUAGAAAUUUUCCAAAGCUUAUCAAAUAAUAUUGAUAUGUGGAAUGAUAAACAACAAAAGACUCUUGAAGGUUUGAGACAAAACCUGAUCAUUUCAUUUGAAAAAAUUUUAUCUUAUCAAUCCGGUGAAAAUAUUUCAAAAGAAUUUACCAAAUAUAUUAUACAAGCGAUUAGGCCAAAAGUUGAUAAGAUAGAAAAUGAUAUCACCCAAAGAUGUAAAGAAUAUAUUAAAAAAAGUUGGAAUGAUACCCGUACUGCAACAACAAAUGCUUUUGACAUGAGUUUUGGAAAGUUAGAUUUGGCAGCUGUGAACCAAUAUUUGAACGAUCCAACUCAAUACAUGUUUAAUUUAAUGAAAAAUGAAUUUAUGGGAUUUUCUGAUAUGAUUAUUUAUGAUAAAUUGCAAGAAGUCGAUGAAAUGAUUAAAUAUACUCAAGAUACUCUCUUAAAUGAUUUGAAAGAAUGGAUAGAGUUGUUUGAUGAGAAGAAAAAUUAUAAUGAAUUUAAACUAAGUUACCUUCUUACUUAUUUAUCAGGGAACUCUCAUGAUUAUGAAGAAUUAACACAUAUAUUGUCUACUAAAUACGGGAUCGUGUUGAAGAAGAAGAAAAGUUCCCAUGAUUUUUCUAAGAUUCUAAAAGAUGUUACUCACCUUUUAAAUAGUUGCAUUGUGCAAUGUCCAGUUUAUUCUUUUAAUACACUUUCCAAAGAAUUGAAAGAAGAAUUUCAAAAACUUUAUAGAGAGUGGAAUGUUCAAGAGAGAGAAAAAGUACAAAAAAUAUUGGAAAUUACAGUGAAAGGACUAAGUGAAAUUCUUGUGGAUAAGAUUGGGUGCAAAGAAAGAUGUCCAUUUUGUUCUUCAAAAUGUGAAUUACCCAACGAUGGACAUGAAAAACAUUAUGUCACAAAUCAUUUAUUCCCAGCUUUCUCUGGAGUUUGUUCAGAACAUUACCGCCAUCCGAUUUUAUAUUCAUGUACUGAAAGUGCGGUUCAUGAAAAUGUAUGGAAUUACGCUUAUCUUGGACCAGAAGUAUAUUCAUUGGAUGAAUUUUUGAAAAAAUUUCAUCCUGAAUGGCAUUUAUUUCAACGUUCUAAGCCUAAUGAUGAAAAUAUUAUGAAAAUGCGUGCUGUAUGGUGGAAAUUAAGACAAAAUUUAUGUUUAAAAAACAAAAUGAUUGAUAAUACCGAUCCUUCAUGGGGAUCCAUGUACGAGAGUCUCAUCCCCGAAUAA